AUUCAUUUACCAAGUCAAGUUGGUUUAGAUGACAAGCUAUGCCAGCCAUGUUCUUUCUCAAGUGAGUUAGCAAAUAAGCUGUACAUUUGGCGAACACGCAAAGCAACAGCGUGCACAAGGACCACUACAUAUCAAGACAGCCAUCCGUGUCCCACAUGGGAAAAAUUAACCUUACAGCCAGGGUGGUACGAGGAAAUCCUAUAGCAGCCCGGAAAAAACUGAUGUGAGAACAAUAACAGGAAACAAUGGCCCGGAUCCAAAUUCUUUUAGACUGCAUUGUGUUUGCAAUAAUAACGCAUCCCGUCGAUUCUUCUGGUAAAUUAAGCAUCACUCUAAUCGACUACAAGAAUCCAGGCAGCCUUCUGUAUAACGGCGAGUGCUGCGAUACGCUAAACUUUUGCACAUGGAACCAGUGCGAUAAUCUUUUCAAGUUCUGUCUGACUGCUGUCAACUCGGACCUGGAGUGCUCACUGGGCAGCGGUACCACUAAAACCCUCGGAGACGACGACUUCCGGUUUUCUGGUAGCGGCGCGGAUCUUGGUGGUGGGCUGAGGAAUCCGCUGGUCUAUGGGUUUCAAGGAUGGAAGGGUGCAACUCUUGUAGUCGAAGUUUGGGACGAGGAUGGGAGCAACAUCGCAGGCAAGCUUCCGGAUUUCGUCGACAAGUACACCCUAGCAAUCAAUAGUCAUCCCGACCGCGACCAAACCGCGUCCACGUUCGCAACCCAUAGACUAUGCGGUAAGCGGUCAUGUAUGAACGUCCACGUGCUACUCUACUGCGACCAGAAUUACCUUAUCCCACAAUGCACCGAGUACUGCGUGUCACGUGACUCCGACCUCGAAGGGCAUUACGUGUGUGAUUACGUCCAGGGGCGCAAAGUGUGUCGGGAAGGGUGGUAUGAUGCUGUAUCGAACUGUACGAAGAAGAAAAAGGAGUGCACCCCCCGGAAUGACACGGGGGGGCACUUUGGGUGUGAUCCGGAGAGUGGGGAGAAGCUUUGUCUUGAAGGAUGGACUGGAUCCAACUGUACUCAAGUUUUACUUCCAUCCUCAAUGAUACCUAUCAAAGCAACGCCCGCAAGCACUACAUCCGUUCAUCAGUUACCAACAUCUACGCAUGCGUAUGCUGCGACCUCAGACGCUAUGUUACUACAAACACCAUCGUCCUCGACGUCGCAUCUAUCUCCAUCAGCACCGACCACUGCUACGUCAUUAAGUUCGUCAUUCAGUUUAACUAAUAUUGACUCUACUAUAUACAGAACCAUCAAAACACAUGAAAAAGAGUUGUUCACAAGUGUUAUAAGGACUUCAGUGGCACUACCCUGGAUUCAUUCGACGCAUUCGCCACAGUCGUCUAUUGUGAAGGCAACGGAAUACUUACCAACGUCAGUCAUCGAUUUGAAGUCAAGCCCAUUCCUCCCUUCGACAUCGACUUUCGACCAAGCAAAGACAUCGUUGGUAGAUGUCACAACAAGCUCAUGUGUCGAAAGGACAAGUGUUUCGUCUAGUUCUUUAUACACGGAAUCGGUGUCGACAGUCCUGGUGUCGAAAUUGGCGACACCGACACCACGUCUUGUUACCCCGACAACGAAAUGGACCGACAGUGUAGUGAUAGAACUGACGCCCGCAAGUAACUGGACAAACGCAACCGAGGAAAGUCUGAAGAAAGUGAUUACUGAUCACCUGAUCAAAUAUUGUCGACUAAGCCCGCAAGACUGCGGAACUAACAGCUCCACCCUUAUCAACACUACUGAUAUACAAGUAAUUUCACGCAUCUCAUCCGAAGGUGUCACCAUUUCCAUGACUGGAAAGAUCCCUGUUGUGGGUGGAGGUGUGGUUUCCAUUCCUUCAGUCGUGAUUAAAACUGUCGUCGAAAACAACAAAGAUCUCAUACAAAAAGAACUAGGAAUAACAAUCAAAUCCGAUUCAAGUUCAACAAUAAGCGAAAGCGUAACACAACACGUGACCACUCGACUGCCAAUCAGCACUGUCGCCUCCGCCCAUGUAACCUCAAUUCCACCAAUCAGUGAAGAGCCUACUCAUCACGUGCCGGCAUUGAAUAGCCCGGUUCCAGUCUUCCUCAUCGUGCUGGCUGGGAUGGUCGUUCUUCUUGUUGUGGCUGGUAUCGCGUGCUACCUUAUAAAACGAAAGAAAAAGUUUCAGCGAAUUCAUAUCUCGCCUCGUUCACCCAAACACAAGCGACUGCGUGACAGCCGAAUCCCAGGCACUUCUGUAACUGUAACGCAACUCGGGCCUGAUAUUGACGAUGGCAACUUUGCCGUGAAUCCACUCUUCUCGUCAUACACAAUAGCAUCGGACAACACAGGGAAGGACAAUGACAGCAACAAUAACGAGGAUACCAGAAAAACAAGUGAAAUCAUCGUAAAGAAAAAUACAAAGAAUUUUAGUAAACGUGGAACAAGCAAUGUCACUGGUAAAAAUAAGAUUAAACGCAUCAAAGUUACAUCACGUGACUCUACGCAACCUCGCCUUGGGAACAAGCCGUCAAUCCCAGACCCAACUAUAGCAAUGGUUCCCCUAGAAACCAAGACAAGAAAACCGUCACGUGAUCCUACGCAACCUCGCCUUGGCAACAAGCCGCCAGUCCCAGACCCAGCUAUACCAAUGGUUCCCCUAGCAACCAAGACAAGAAAACCGUCCCGUGAUCCUACGCAACGUCAUCAUGGCUUCAAAGAUGCAAAGGAGCCAGCUCGCACCAAGCCCCAAGCCAAGCCAGCGAACGCAAAAGGACUGGGUUCCAGCGAAUAUCGAAAUGGGAAUAGGAAAGUGCCCCCAAAGGCAACCCAAAACAGAAAGCUUGGUAACAAAGACAGUUACACUGUUUUGAUAUCCGACGUUGAUGUUUCGUGCUAGCGCCCAGUCCAUGCUCCUUAUGCAGCUGUCAAUAGAUACUUGAACAUACGUAGAGACAUACACCACCACCACCUGCCCCAUAAUUCCAUGCGCUACCAUAGCAUGUACGUACUAUGUAACACCAUGCAUAUUCCACGCGUUACCAUAGCAUGUACGUACUAUGUAACACCAUGCAUAUUCCACGCGUUACCAUAGCAUGUACGUACUAUGUAACACCAUGCAUAUUCCACGCGUUACCAUAGCAUGUACGUACUAUGUAACACCAUGCAUAUUCCAUGCGUUACCAUAGCAUGUACGUACUAUGUAACACCAUGCAUAUUCCACGCGUUACCAUAGCAUGUACGUACUAUGUAACACCAUGCAUAUUCCACGCGUUACUAUAGCAUGUACGUACUAUGUAACACCAUGCAUAUUCCACGCGUUACCAUAGCAUGUACGUACUAUGGAACACCAUGCAUAUUCCACGCGUUACCAUAGCAUGUACGUACUAUGUAAUACCAUGCAUAUUCCACGCGUUACCAUAGCAUGUACGUACUAUGUAACACCAUGCAUAUUCCACGCGUUACCAUAGCAUGUACGUACUAUGUCACACCAUGCAUAUUCCAUGCGUUACCAUAGCAUGUACGUACUAUGUAACACCAUUCAUAUUCCACGCGUUACCAUAGCAUGUACGUACUAUGUAACACCAUGCAUAUUCGACGCGUUACCAUAGCAUUUACGUACUAUGUAGAACCAUGCAUAUUCCACGCGUUACCAUAGCAUGUACGUACUAUGUAGAACCAUGCAUAUUCCAUGCGUUACCAUAGCAUUUACGUACUAUGUAGAACCAUGCAUAUUCCACGCGUUACCAUAGCAUGUACGUACUAUGUGGAACCAUGCAUAUUCCAUGCGUUACCAUAGCAUUUACGUACUAUGUAGAACCAUGCAUAUUCCAUGCGUUACCAUAGCAUUUACGUACUAUGUAGAACCAUGCAUAUUCCACGCGUUACCAUAGCAUGUACGUACUAUGUAACACCAUGCAUAUCCCACGCGUUACCAUAGCAUUUACGUACUAUGUAGCACCAUGCAUAUCAAUUGUAUGAAGGCCCCGGGGGGGGGGGGG